UUCUUAGGUUAACGCGAGAUUGAGGUUAUGUAAGAACUGCCGUGGUGCUAUCCGCUAUCGUAAACAGACGACGGAAUCGGAGAUCGUCCGUCGCAACAUUAAUAGCCGCGUCAAGCGGUAGCUUCCGCUUUACGAUUGCCCUGAGAAAAUUUAUACGAUGGCGUCCGCGAUGUCAAGUAUCAUAUCCAGGAGCAUAUCCACAUCGACGCCUAUGAACCGGAUCAUCCUGCUAAGCCGACUGAGAGUAGUAGACAACAGCACGAUAGGGAAGAAAGCUAUAGCUGCAGGAAAACCACCACGAUGCAUACAUGUCUAUAACCCAACUGGCGUCGGUCUUCUUGGGGAUACAAUUAUGGUUGCCAUAAGCGGUGAGAAGAAGAAAGGUAUAUUGGUAGGAUUAAAAGCGAAUCAGAAAACUAAAGUGCCCAGGUACGACAGCAACAAUUUGGUACUCAUAGACGACAAUGGAACGCCUCUGGGUACGAGGAUACACGUACCUAUCCCACACAUCCUCAGGACCAAAAUGAAGGAAAAAACCCACAGCAAAGGGGCAAAUUACACUAAACUGAUUGCGAUAGCGUCUAGAUUUGUGUAAUGCAUCCUGCGUACCAUCAUAACAUAAAUGUAUAUUGCAUUGUUUAAAAUAAAAUGUUAACAGUCAUCUGUA